AUGGAAAGCCAAUCGACAUUCCCCCGUGGACUACUUACCUCCGAAGGAGCCACGCCCAUCAUUACAGGGAUAGUGAACCCUAUGAUCACAGGGUACAAUGGCUCAUACCUCGGCCAGAACGCAGUCUCAGACCAUGAAUUGCACACUCAUAUUGAUGACGAAGGCAAUUGGACCAAACGUUGGAAGCUGAGCGAGAGCCUGACUCAGGAGAAGCUUUCGUUGUGA